AUGGCCGAUAAACUUCGCACUCUCCAAAACCUCGAGGCUUUGCAGGCGCGUUACGUUGGAACCGGCCACGCAGAUACCACAAAAUACGAAUGGAACUCGAACAUCAUUCGCGAUAGCUAUGCAUCGUACGUUGGCCACCCGCCGCUCUUGCAAUACAUGGCGAUUGGAAUGGGAGAGCCUAAAGAGAAGGUUAAGGCUAUGAUGAUAGAAAAGAUGGUUAGGGGAGCGGGAAAUCCGCCGGAGACUAAUGCCAAGUCACCGCCCGCCCAUCAGCCUCCAAUUGUAACCUCAAUCCGAUAG